AUGGCAGAUUCGGAGCCACUUCAGAAAGGGCAUACGAGAAGUGUGAGUGCGGGGGGAAUGGCCAUGAUAUCCCCUGCACCAUCUCGUCCUUCUGCUCUUCGAAAAGGACAUCAAAGAGCUUUUUCCCAUGGGCAGAUCACCUCCGAAGAAUUAGGGUAUGUCAAGGGACAUAAUAGAGUCAGCUCCAAAACUGAUUUCAUUCUUCCUCCUGGCCAUAAAGAAGCUUCUGAAACUCGUAAAGGGCAUACAAGACAAGCUUCUAGAACUGAAUCCAUUUACACCCUUCGCCAGAAUUAUCAGCCAUCAAAAUUAGAUCAAUUAAUAAACUUCAUUCUUAGAAAAAAAACGAAAACCGAGCUUGAAAAUCGUACCAGAACUGUAACUUAUUUGAAGACAGAAGAAGAUAUGCUAGUGAUAAAAGAAUCAACAAUUCUACAUGUCGAGUAUAUUGUAGGUGAGUAA